AUAGCAGACUUUGAAUCGUAUUACCGUAUGAAAUCAUCUAACUCCAAUGAGGGCUUUUUGAAAGAAUUUGAGAAACUCAAAGAUAUUGGAAAAGAUCAGUCAAGCAACAUAGCCCUACUGAUGUAUAACAAGGUUAAAAACCGAUAUAGCAACAUAUUACCGUAUGACUGGUCAAGAAUCAAGCUGUCUGGCUCAUCAAUGGAGCCUGGCCUAGAUUAUAUUAAUGCAAACUUAAUUCCUGGUUACAAUUCAGCACGUGACUAUAUUGCUACGCAAGGACCACUGAAAAAUACCGUCAAUGAUUUCUGGAGAAUGGUUUGGGAGUAUAAUGCCUGUUGCAUUGUGAUGUUGACAAACCUAAUUGAAAAUAACAGGGUCACAUGUGAAAAAUACUGGCCUACUAACAAGUUGCCCAUUCAGUAUGGACAGAUAUAUGUCAGUGUAUUAAAAGUGGAAAAGUUUAAGGAAUGGACUAAAACUGAAAUGAUGAUUUCUCACAUUAACAGUAAACCAGGCAGGACAAUUUGCCAUUACCAGUUUGUGGACUGGCCUGACUAUGGAGUUCCUCAAUCAAUCAAUUCAUUGGUUGACUUCACAGAAGUAGUUCAAAAAGCAACAGAGAGUGUGAGGAACUCAGGACCCAUUGUGGUGCACUGCAGUGCUGGAGUUGGUCGUUCAGGCAGUUUCAUUGCACUCAGCUAUUCAAUGAAUCUGAUAGCAACCAAAGGGAUCGUGAAUGUGUUUGGCCAAGUGUACACAAUGAGACGGUGUAGAACAAUGAUGGUGCAAACAUUGGAUCAAUAUGUGUUUUUGCAUACCUGCAUUCUCAACAUAAUUUCAACGAACAAAGAAAAACAUGCAAAAAGAAAAAAUCAGGUUCCGCUGAUUGACUUCCCCGUGCACUGCAUGCGCCUGGCCGCAAACUCAAACAUGGGCUUCUUAGAAGAUUUUGAGCUCAUAGGACAGGCAGGGAGAAAACAGCCAAAAACCGCAGGCCUGCUGCCUGGCAAUGCAAACAAGAAUCGAUAUAAAGAUGUCGUGCCAUACGAGCACUCUAGAGUUAAAUUGCCACCUUCUUUGAAUGAUCCUUCCUCAGAUUAUAUCAAUGCCAACUUUAUUGCGGGCUACAAUUCAGACCAAGAAUACAUCGCCACACAAGGACCACUGAAAGAGACAUUGGCAGAUUUCUGGAGAAUGAUAUGGACAUACAAUGUGUCCAUCAUCGUCAUGUUAACACGGUGUGAGGAAAAUGGCAAGAAGAAAUGUGAGGAGUAUUGGCCCUUGGACAGGAAUCCUCAGCAAUUUGGUGACAUUCUUGUUCAAGUCAUGUCGCAAAACAUGUACCCCGAAUAUAUAGACAGACAAUUUAAAGUUAUACACGUGCAUUACCGAGCGGAGAGGAUAAUUUCUCACUUUCAUUUUUUGGGCUGGCCGGAUCACGGUGUUCCUAGUCCCAUGGAUUCAAUCAUCAGUUUCGUAGCUGGGUUCAGACAUCACGCCCACUUCAUAAAGAAAUCAGGGCCCACAGUUGUGCACUGCAGCGCUGGAGUUGGUCGCACGGGCACAUUCAUUGGUCUUGACUGCCUGCUGCAACAGAUUAGGAACGAACAAACCAUCAAUGUGUUCGAAAUGGUUCACAGAAUGAGACUAAACAGAUGUUUUAUGGUCCAAACUCUGGAUCAGUAUAUGUUGCUGCAUACCUGCAUCAGAAAUAUCCUUACACAAAACUCUUGAAGAGCUAAAGCUUUGCUGAAUUGCUCUUUCACUUUCCAGAGCUCCAUCUACAUUUUCUGCGCUGUAGAUUUCUAUGAUUCCAAGACAAUCUAAUUUCUGCUGAUGUAACUACUGUGGCAAAAUGAUGAACAUACAAACCUUGGCAUUUUGUAAUGUACAUUUAUAACAUUUGCACACAACCGAGAAUAUUUAAAUAUGUGUUAGCUUUUAGUUUUGUAAAGAUAAAGAAUGACUAAUUGUAUUAUUGUAAAUAAAUUCAAACAAAGCACGAGAUCUUUACUAGACGGUUAUCGAGAGAAGAUAAUGUAGAGUCUAUUUUGCCAUAUAUUUUAUGAUGAAUCAAUAAAAAGGACAUUC